CUCUGUCCCAACCCCUCGCUAAAUAUAAUCAGUCCGGAUCCUAUACCCUCUGGUCGCAGAAGGUCUUCUCGACGAUGUUGACGAAGAAACCGAUGCGCUGACCUCUUGGUGCCUUUAUACGGUUUCCUCGAGAACUUUCAGGACCUUAUCGCGCGGUUUCGAUGUGGUUUUGUCCAACCGGACGCCCUUGUCGCUGAUUAAGGAUUCCGGGUUGGACCAUGACCACCAUUCAUGCGAGUUAAUAUAAUAGACUGUUUUCUUCCGUUCCUCAUCGCCGAGGCUCUGCAGCGCGACAUUUGCCGCGCCUGUAAUUGGUCUCAAUGAGUUUUUUUUUUUUUUUUUUUUUUUCAUCUUGGAGGUUGAAAAGACCGUCUCGAGUUUUGCCUAUGCUGUAUCAUUAGAACUCAGAAUCCGAGCCUCUCAAAAUCCUGAUAUCGGCAGAGCAAGAACGAACAUACCGUCUGUGGUGAUACCGCGGUAUGGCACUAUGAAAGGUGUGUGUGUGUGUGUGUGUGUGUGUGUGUGUGUCUGUGUGUGAUACUGAUGAGGAUUUCUACAUCGACUUUUUUUAGGAGAUUUUCAGAAUAAGUACCAGAAGCAGUUUCCCGUCUUCCGGGUGCACUCUAUUACAAGUCGUGCCAACCCCCCUUCUAACUAUGAUGUAUAGGGCAGGGAAAGGCUUGUAAAAAGAUUAUCCUCGGCAUUCCGAUACCCUGCGGGGGACUAGUUUUGGCUGUUCCGACAUCGGUUGUGGUCAACUCCGUCGACGAACUGCCGAUGGUCACAGCUAUACAUGCACCGGAACGUACAGCUAGCUGGGCGCUGUCCAUCAGAGCAUUGAAGAGUAUUACCACAAUGGCACCACUCAGCCUUGUGCGCUUUACCCCCAAGUCAAACCCGGCGAAGAUCCUCAUCGGCCAGCCGGUAGAAAGCGGACUUGAUGUUGGUGUCGCCAUCCGCAAUGGCUUGGAUGUCGCCGUCAAGGUUUUCUCUGGACCGUCUGUUUUGUCGCCUGGAAAGGAGACGAGUGUCACAGAGACCAUUGGCCGUCUCCUGUCACCCUUGGCGCAGAAUGAGGUCGGUACUAUCCGAUGCAUUGGACUAAAUUACAAGCAGCAUGCGACUGAGGUCAAGAUGGACCUGCCCUCCAUCCCAACAGUCUUCAUGAAGCCUAGCACGUCUCUCGGUGAUCCUUGGCCAGCCCCGACCAUUCUACCAAAACUCACGCAGCUGGACAACUGUGGUGAUUAUGAGUCUGAACUGGCAGUGGUGAUUGGCAAGACAGCAAAGAAUGUCGGCGAGGCCGAGGCGCUAGACUAUGUUCUUGGAUACACGGCAGCGAAUGAUGUGUCAAGCCGUACUUCGCAGCUUUCUCAGUCGCAGUGGUCUUUCUCCAAGGGAUUCGACGGGGCAUGUCCCAUUGGCCCGACUUUGGUGUCUGCGCAUGCCAUCCCAGACCCAUCCAAAUUACAUAUCCGUGGCCUGAAAAAUGGCGUGGUUCUACAAGAUUGUGGAAUUGAUGACUUGAUCUUUAGCGUGCCUAAGCUGGUCAGCUUUCUUUCACAGAGCACGACUCUCCCGGCCGGCACCGUUAUCCUCACAGGGACGCCAGCCGGUGUUGGCAUGGCCAGGAAGCCAAAGGAGACUCUGCAGGACGGGGAUGAGUUUGCAGUUGAGAUUCUCCCUCAUAUUGGGACUCUCAUAAACGCCUUCCAGAAUGAACAGUAAUAGACCAUGGGAUAGGAGUUGCGAAUAGAGAUAACAGUCUUGGAAUAUAACGAGGACAACGACAUUGGAC